AUGAAUAAAAUCAUUGUAUUUUUCACCGCUUUCCUGGGCCUCCAAACCCUGCUGUUUGCAGGAGAUGAAAAAAUCAUCGUGCCUGCUGUGUUAAAAUCCGCCACUGUGUACCGCGCCGGCGCAGAACUCACCCAUACAGCCAGGGCCACCGUAAAACAGGGCAAUAACGAAUUGCUGAUUGAAGGGCUCAGCAAUGGGCUGGACAUUAACAGUGUGCAGAUUGGUGCCGAUGAAAAAAUCACCCUUCUUUCUGUUGAAUUUUCUGCUGAUUACUUAAAACCGGCUGCAAAAUCUGCCAUUGUAAAAAAACUGGAAGAUUCGCUGGACAUCCUGCGUAAAGACAUUUCCAGGAUACAGGUACUGCUGAAAACCGAUAAUGAACUGCUGGACCUGCUGAAAGCCAACCGCGAAAUACGCGGCACCCAAACCGGCCUCAGUGUGGCAGAACUGAUGAAGAUGAUGGAAUACUACAAAACGAAAACACUGGAGACCCAAAAUGAAAUUGCCGGCUACCAGGAGAAACAAAACAAACUGGAAGAGGCUGUGCAAAAAAUCAUACUGCAGGUAAAUGAAGAAUCACAGAAAAACAAUAAGAUAGCAGGUAAACUGCUGCUGCAGGUAAUGAGCCCAUUGGCAGGCACCUGCAAUCUUACCAUUUCUUAUAUUACUGCAAAAGCUUACUGGAACCCUUCUUAUGAUAUCCGUGUAGAAAACAUCAGCAAACCCAUCAGCCUGCUGUACAAAGCCAAACUGGUACAAACCACGGGCAUCGACUGGAGACAGGUAAAACUCACCCUGGCCACUUCUUCCCCCAAUCAAAACAGCAAUGCACCCGUGCUGAAAAGCUGGUUCCUGGACUAUACCAACCCGGUUACCCGUAUGGAGAAUAACCUGCUGAUGAAUUCUAUACAGUCUAUGAGCAAAAGCGCUUCGGCGCUAUCUGAAGUGGUAGUUACAGGCCUGGGUAUCAGUAAAGAUGAGGAAGACAGGGAUGUAAGGGUUCGUGGCUAUAAUACAAUGCAACAGCCCCAGGCGCCGCUGUACAUAGUUAAUGGAAAAGUCUUCAGCCAGCAGCAGUUUGAAAGAAUAGAUCCCAAAAACAUAAAAAGCAUGGAUGUGCUGAAAGAUAUAAAAGCGGCGGCCGUCUAUGGUGCCAGGGCUGCGGGCGGUGCAGUGUUAAUAACCCUGAAAGAUGAAUUAAGCGAUUACAUCACAGUAACAGACAAUGAGCUCAAUGUCACCUUCGAUAUAGACCUGCCCUAUGACGUACCGGGCAAUGGCAAGGAGCAGAAUGUUUCCUUAAAAGAAAUCCCGGUUAAUACGCUGUUCAAAUAUUAUGCAGUACCAAAGCUGGAUAAAGAUGCUUACCUGCUGGCAGAACUGGCCGAUUGGGAAAAACUGAACCUGCUGCCCGGUGAAGCCAAUAUUAUUUUUGAAGGCACCUAUAUCGGCAAAUCUUUUAUAGACCCCAAUUCUACCAUGGACACGCUUAAUCUUACCCUGGGCAAAGACAAACGCAUCGUGGUAAAGAAAGAAAAGCUGAAAGAUUUCAGCAGCGUAAAAUUCCUGGGCAGCAAUAAAAAGCAAUUAUUCACCUACGAGCUAACAGUAAAAAACAAUAAAAAAGAAGCUAUUCAGCUGCUGCUGAAAGACCAGUAUCCCCUGUCUACCAACAAAGAAAUUGAAGUAGAACUUACCGGAACCAGCGACGCCGCCAACAAUACAGAACUGGGCGUACUCACCUGGAAACUGCUGCUGGCGCCGGGCGAAGUGAAAAAACUAAGGGUGAGUUACAGUGUGAAAUAUCCAAAAGACAAAUACCUGAACCUUUAA